UUACCCGGAAGCAGUGACUGACUUGUUCAUAGGAAAAAUAUUGUAUAUUUUUGUCUGUCGUAAAAACACUAUGAUUUUCGCCUUUAUUUUGCCGUUUUUUGCAGUAAUACAACUCACAAGCUGUGUACUCCAAUCUGGAGGUGGUCUGGUCCAUGUCUUGCACCACUACGACACGUUGAAGACAUCAGACCUGAGACAUCACUUCCUGUCCAGACACAAGCGGUCAGCAGGGGAGGAACCCCCACCCUACCCCAGGCAGAUGGAGUUUAACACACUCGGACAACAUUUCCACCUGUACCUGGAGCCCAGGACUGGACUGCUCAGCCCCAAGUUCAAGGCUUAUGGAGUGGACUCCCGAGGGAAUGUCAAGUACGAACAGAUCAACAAACACAGCUUCUACACAGGACAAGUCUUAGGUGAGCCUGGGUCGACAGUAGAAGCUCACCUGGAAGAUGAUGGAGUCCUGUCUGCCAGGGUCACAGUCGGCGAGGACAUCUACUUCAUAGAGCCUUCCUGGAGACACCUCCCCUCCGGUGAGAAUGUGACGAUGAUCUCGUACCGCGCCCGAGAUGUCAAGUUCAACUUCACUGCCGCCGGGGACAAACCAUCGCCUGGAGUUGGGUUCUGUGCAGAGUUUGAUGAUGACCAGCUGCCUCUUCCAAAGACCCAUCGCAGACAAAGUACAAAUGGUUAG